UAUUAUAUCUGGGAUGCCAAUCCGAGGUGAAGUGUAUGUCCGGGUGUUAUUGCAACAAAUAAAAAUAAAAGACCUUUAUGAGCUAAGAAAUGUAAUUGGUAAUGGACUAUUUCAAAAGUUUAUCUCGUCAAGAGUUACGCCAGGAGGAAAGAGGCGAGAUACGGAACAUGCUGUGGCGUAACCGUCGUCUUCUUGUGCCUUCACGGCUGCGGUGACUCAAGUUCAAUGUAGCUCUGCCAUUCCCACAAUGAACUGUAGCACUUUUAGUGAAGAAUGCCCCGGUUCCGACGUAAGUCAUGUGUGGCAUUGUUGGCUCUUGCCCUGCUGGUGCUCAUUGUGACCUUAGCGCUUAAGUCGCUCGCCCCGGAAGACACGGCAUUCACCGACGGGAAGGAAAGCUCCCCGUACAGGAAACACGACGCAAAGAACACCGAGGUCCAACGUGAGCCGCCCAGGAUGAGCAAAGCUGCCCGGAUGGAACCGGACGAAAAAUUGAUGGCCAUGCUGAGCAAGUUCCCUCCACCAAACUACUACCUCCACGCCUUCUACUACAUCUGGUAUGGCAACCCCAGCUUUGACGGCAAGUACAUCCACUGGGACCACCCGCGGCUGCCCCACUGGGACCCCAAGGUGGCUCAGAGGUAUCCGCAAGACAGGCACAGCCCGCCCGAAGACAUUGGGGCCAACUUCUAUCCGGCACUGGGGCCUUACAGCUCCAGGGACCCGGCUGUCAUGGAAGCGCACAUGCAGCAGCUGCGUAUGGCGGCCAUUGGUGUCAUCGCCGUUUCCUGGUACCCGGCUGACACCAAGGAUGACAACGGCGAGCCCAUUGACGACAUCGUGCCUCUGCUGCUGGAUGUGGCCCAGCGCUACUCGAUUAAGGUGGCUUUCCACAUCGAGCCAUACAAAGGGAGAGAUGAAGUCAACAUGUACGCCAACAUCAAAUACAUCAUUGACAAGUACGGCGAUCACCCGGCCUUCUUCCGGUACCGCACGGACACGGGGAAGCUCCUCCCCCUGUUUUACGUGUACGACUCGUACCUGCUGAACACGGAGCAGUGGGCCCGCCUGCUGCGUCACACGGAGAGCGGCAGCAUCCGCGACACCCCGCACGACGCCAUCUUCCUGGCCCUGCUGGUUGAGAAGAGCCAGCAGCGCGAGGUGCUGAGCGCCGGCUUCGACGGCGUCUACACCUACUUCGCCACCAACGGCUUCACCUUCGGCUCCACGCAACGCAACUGGGAGGCCGUGCGCGCCUUCUGCAAUGACAACGGCCUCCUCUUCGUCCCGAGCGUGGGGCCGGGCUACGUGGACACCGGCGUGCGCCCGUGGAACUUCCAGAACACCAGGAACCGCAUCAACGGCAAGUAUUACGAGACCUCGCUGAGCGCCGCGCUGGAAGCCAAGCCCGACUUUCUUUCCAUCACAUCCUUCAACGAGUGGCACGAGGGCACGCAGAUCGAGACGGCCGUGCCCAAAAGCAGCCCGACUCUCUAUCUGGACUAUUUGCCCAACAAGCCCACCAUCUACUUGGAGAUUACGCGGAAGUGGGCCGCCAUAUUUGGCGGUGAGCGCGGGAGACGGCGUGAGUGAUCUGUCUGGAAUUUCACUGAUGGCAGUAUGCAAAUGAAGAACAUCUUUCCAUUGACUGCGAUUUUUGUGUGUGGGGGGGAGUGGGGGUUGGAGACAGGGUUCAAGCCGUAAAAGUGGUAUCUAAUUGGGUCUAAAUGCCACAAGGUGAAGCCAUAGCUCUUGAAACGGAACAAUCAUAAAGCAACAACACCACGCAUCAAGAUUGUACACAAUUGUGAACACACUGUAUUGACUAG